AUGAAAAUUAUUGUCUUGAUAUUCUUGUUAGGGGCCUUUGCUUCAAACAUCAGACAUAAAAAGGAGAGGUUUUUUAUUAUUCUUAUUAUUUAGACACAACGAUUCUUAGACAUUAUCACAUCAACAAUAAAACACUAAAGGUAAUUGAAAACCAAAUAAAUAUUUUAGAAUUAUUGUAAGUCACUGAUAUAGAUAACUAAUCCGAGACUCUUGUUGAGGAAACUCUCAAUGAAUAAUAGAAUCUAGAGGAACCAAAACCAAUAUAUAAUAAUGAUGGCAGAUCACCUGAUAUGGGUUUGAGCGAAGUAGACAAUAAUGAUGCUCCAGAAGCCCCUAUGAUGGCAGAUAAUGUAUUUGAUUAAUCAGCCCAAGAAGAAGUGAUAAAAGGAUUAUCACUGAUAUAAGUUGGAGAAAUUGAUGCAUUAGCUGAUAUUGAUACUAGCAUGCCAUUGUUAGAUGAGGAUUUUAAAUAUGAUGAAUAAGCUCUUUAGGAAACUCCUUUAAAUGUUGAUAUCAUUGAGGAAGUACCUUAAUAAUAAGAAUAAGAAGUCAAUGAAAUCGAAGAUUAAAUGCAAUAAGAAAUCGAAAUCGAGGAUUAGCAAGAACAAUUAAUAAAUGAGGUUUAAUUGCUCUAAAUUGGAGGAUUCUAUUAUUGA